UUACAUGCUCUCCGUGGGAGCGAGAGAGGAGAGGGGGUGAGCACCCUUCCUGAGGAGAAGGCCCACAGGGGAACCAGUCUGACUGGGGGUUCUGAAAGCCACGGUGGGCUGGGCUGGGAUCCCCGCAAAUCCAGCCUGUCCUGUGCAGCCUCGGUGGGAAGUUCCCCCUUCUGGGGAGGGUCUGGGACUCUGCUCAUUCUGUAUCAGCAUCCAUCUUUCUCUUUCACUUCUCCAUUCUCUCAGGUGAACCGUAUUCUCCAGAAAUCUUCAGCAACAAAUGUCUUCCUUUAGCAACCGCACAGGAGCUGUGCACCAGAGCAAUUGCCAUGACCCCAGUGGGGAGGUCUGCAUUAAGCAAAGAACAAAAUAAAUGCAGAGAUGAAGACAGGAGGGAGGACCACCCAGGAACACCUGUAGCCCACUGUGCCCAUGCUCUUCCAACAGACUAGGGGAGGCCUGCAGGUCAGCCCUAGCCUCUAGGGUGGAGACGUCCAACCUGUCUCUUAGCCCUGGACCUGGCCUUGAAGCAUGUGGUGGAUUAUGCAGAUAAUGCACAAGCGUUGCUGGAGAACUGUCACUCAAUCUGGCCAUGCUGGAACCAAAUCCAGAUGUGCAGAUGGCUAAUUGCCGGGGCUGCCAUCCUGACUCUCACCUGAGAAAUCCCAGGGACAAGCUGAGCUGUGGGAUGAAAGAAGUGCCCAUGCUUGCCUUCCCUGAUUGGGAGCUGCUGGACCUCCUCCAGUGCAUCCCCCCACUUCCUUGGAUAUCCCCUUCAAAACCACACUGCUGCCCUCUCUGAGUUGGAUCCACAGGGACACCCGGAGGGCAGGACAAGGUUCCACCAACGUGUCUACUUUGGGAGGAUGAAGGCAGGAGUGACAUUACAGAGAGAGGGAGGUGCGGGGCCCCCAUAUCCCACCUUGUCUGGAGGGCAAGGCCCCGUCCUGCUCAGGGAAUGCAGGUGACCACUAGCCCCAAUACCGGCCACGAGGCACAGAGAAGGCACUUUGCCCAACAGCAGGCCUUGCACAUCAGGCGGCGGUGUGCGAGCCCCUCGUCUCUCCUCACAAGAGACCAGGGGCUGAGCAGACCAUCCCUCCCCGGGGCCUCUGUCCAUGGCCAGCCUGCCCUUUACUGCCUGCCAGCCAGAAGGCCCAGAAGAGUCCAGCAAAGGCACUGAGGGAACUGAGCUGCGGUGACCAGCCUGGCUUGGCUUAGUCCUGUCAGGGGGGUUGUGUCCUCAGGUCUGGGUGGGCUGACACGGACCCCAGAGCCCUGCCCAGCACUGCCUGCCUGGCCUAGUAGGCUCCUACCACCAACGCGAAUUCCACAAACCACAGCGACUGUGCUGUGCACUGUCCCAGAGGAGUGGGCAGGCACCAGGCCAGGCCCCAGAGAGGAGAGAGCCGUCUCACCACAGCCAGGCUGGCGCUCCUCCCUGCAGGGGGCUGGGACAAGGGGCAGUUCACAGCUGCCCAGCUGAAGCCGGGCUCUGGGGCCGGGGUCAGCCCACCCACCUGGGGCCCAGGCCAUCUGCGCUCCUGGCCUGACGGGAGAAGGGACACAGACUGCGGCUUUAAGGCCACUGAGCUCUCAGGACGGCCCGAGCACCCGAGCUCUGAGGCAGCAGGAGCAGGAGGGCUGGGCUGCGCCUCCAGCCUCGGGGCCCACCCUUGCUGAGCCCCCAUCUCCCUCCUGCACGUCCAGGGGUUGCCCUGGACCACAUCGGGUCCCCAGCUCCGUCGCGCCCCUAAGCACAUGGCAUGGGGAGGGCCCUCGGGAAGGACGGGCAGAAGCAGUCCCCAUCCGAGGAGUCCUCUGACCCCAGGGUGCGGGCGUGGCUGGAGUGCGGUGGGGUCGGGACUCUGCGCCCGCGGCGUCCCAGCUGUGGAAGGGACACAGCCGCCUCGCCCGGGCAGGAGCGCCCGCGCGGGAGCAGUCAGUCCCUCACCCCAGUAGUGGGACCUGAGUGGAUCCAAAAGCCAGCGACGCCAGCCCAUUUGGAAGAAACUGGGGACGAGAGACAUUCCGAUGCCAGCACCGUAGGGGCCGCACUCGGCGUCCGCGCAGCCUUGCAGCGACCUUCAAAGGCGGCGCUUCAGAGCCGGUUACGCCCCUACUGGAGAGGCGGCCCGCGGGUAGUCACCGCGCCGGAGAAAGAGGUGAAGCCCCGGCUCCGGAAUGACUCCCGCCAGAAACAGGCCGAGGCCGCGCGGCUCGCGAAGGACGCGCGGGAAGAGCCUUUCCGCCGGCUGAGCCGUGGGCGCCACCGCCAGGGACCCCAGGCUCACCAAGCCACGCGCGGAACCGCACGGGGUCCACGCACAGUGGCCGAGACCGGGCGGGGGCGAGGGCGCUUUGGGACUUAGGAUACGCUUUGUGCCCGCUUGCUUCUUUUUUCCUGCAAGCUGCGCAUCAAUUAAAGUACUCGGGUUUUUGUUUGGUUUCAGAUCAAUCAGAUUUCAUCCUUCGAAAGUUUUAUUCUCAAGGAAUGCAAAAGGAUUUUGGAAGCUUAGAAAUGUCCACGUAAUCAGACUGUGGGGCACUUGCAUAUGGGAGAGGUGAGCUUUGAGGCAAGUCUCAGAAGAAAGAAAUGGGGCUUCAACAGAACCAGUUCCUGGGGCCGGAAGGGACUCGAGAGAGUCAUUUGACCCAACCCUCCUGGUUUAUAAGUGGGGAGGCUGAAACCCAGAGAGUUACAUGGCAGCCCAAGGCCACACAACCCAGUGGCUAUGUCAUGCACGGUGGGAGGGGGCCAUGUAUCAUGUCCUUUAAAAAUGUCCUUUGUACACCCGCAUUCAUAGCAGCAUUAUUCACAACAGCCAAGAGGCAGGAACAACCUGCGUCUGUCAACAGAUGAGCAAAAUGCACACAAUGGAAUAUUAUUCAGCCUUAAAAAGGAAGGAAAUGCUGACACAGGCUACAACAUGGGUGAAACUUGAGGACAUUAUGCUCAUUGAAACAAAGACAAACACUGUCUGAUUUCACUUAUAUGAGGUCCCUAAAGUUGUCAAAUUCAUAGAGGCAGACAGCAGAAUGGUGGGUGCCAGGGUGAGGGAGGGGAAUGUGGAGUCGGUAUUUAAUGGGGACAGUUUCACUUGGGGAAGAUGAAAAAGUUCUGGAGAUGGAUGAUGGUAACAGUUGCACAACAAUGUAAAUACAGUUACUGCCACUGAACUGUACACUUAAAAAUCGUUAAGACAGCAAAUUUUUCUGUUAUGUAUAUUUUACCUUAAUAAAAUAAUGUCCUGGUAUGGUGUGUAGCUGUUAUCUCUGAGGAAUCAUUAAGAAACAAUGACAGAAACUGGUACUUGCAAUGCUGUCUUUAAAAUCUGGUAUUUAUUUUUAUUUUUUUUUACUUUUUUGAGAUAGUCUCAUUCUAUUGCCCAGGCUGGAGUGCAAUGGCGUGAUCUCGGCUCACUGCAACCUCCGCAACCCCCUGGUUCAAGCAAUUCUCCUGCCUCAGCCUCCUGAGUAGCUGGGAUUACAGGCACAUGCCACCACGCCUGGCACAUUUUUUAAUUUUUAGUAGACAUGGGGUUUCACCAUGUUGGCCAAGCUGGUCUUGAACUCCUGACCUCAAGUGAUCCGCCCACCUCGGCCUCCCAAGGUGCUGGGAUUAUAGGCAUGAGCCACUGCACUCAGCCAAAAUCUAGUUUUAAGAAGAACUCCUUUAUUACCAUGUGGCAAAUCAAAUUCUUAACCUCUAGUAACAAACAAGAAAAACUCAGAGAAAAGAAUCCCUAAGGAUUCCAGACAGUAAACCAUAAACUAAAAGCAAUGUGCGGCUGUGAGGGGUGGCAGGCAAGACUGUUGUGCCCCAGCAUGUGCCCCUGAGGCUGGCCCCGGGCGCUUGCAACCCCCACUCAGGCCUCUCCCAGCCCCAGCCCCGGGUACCCAGAGGGGCUGUCCUGCCCCUGUGAGCACCACAACCUGGCUCUGCGGUUCU